UCUAUUUGUUUUGUGCAGGCUGUUCCUUUGUAUCUUUCGGAAAUGGCACCAGCAAAACACAGAGGAGCAAUUAACAAUGGCUUCCAAUUUAGUGUCGGCAUUGGUGCUCUGUCCGCUAACCUCAUCAACUACGGCACUGAAAAGAUCAAAGCCGGUUGGGGUUGGCGAAUCUCCCUAGCCAUGGCGGCAGUCCCUGCCUCAAUGCUAACACUUGGUGCAUUUUUCCUUCCUGAAACACCAAACAGUCUCAUUCAGCGCAGCACAGACCACCAAAGGGCCAAGCAAAUGUUGCAGCGCAUCAGAGGCAUCGAUGAUGUAGAAGCAGAGCUUGAUGAUCUCAUCAAAGCAAACAACGUAUCGAAAACUAUCAAAUACCCUUUCAAGAAAAUCUUAGAGAGAAAGUAUAGGCCUCAACUUGUCAUGGCAAUAGCCAUACCAUUUUUCCAGCAAGUGACAGGGAUCAAUGUCAUAGCCUUUUAUGCCCCGAUUCUUUUUCGAACAAUUGGUUUGGGAGAAAGCGCAUCGCUUUUGUCUGCUGUCAUGACCGGCGUAGUUGGUACAAUCUCAACCUUCAUAUCUAUGCUCAUAGUGGACAAAUUUGGGAGAAGAGCUUUGUUCAUGGUAGGGGGAAUUCAAAUGUUGAUAUGCAUAUAUGUAGCAGGAUUUGGGUGGUCAUGGGGGCCUCUUGGAUGGCUGGUGCCUAGUGAGAUUUUCCCAUUGGAAAUUCGAUCAGCCGGGCAAAGCAUCAAUGUAGUUGUGAAUUUUUUGUUCACUUUCAUUGUUGCUCAAACUUUUCUAGCAAUGCUUUGCCACUUCAAGUCCGGGAUUUUCUUCUUUUUUGGGGGUUGGGUGAUGGUGAUGACCGUGUUCGUCUACUUGUUUUUGCCAGAGACGAAGAACGUGCCUAUUGAGAAGAUGGAGAUGGUGUGGUUGGAGCACUGGUUUUGGAGGAGACUUGUGGGGGAUUUUAGCAAGGACGCUAAGAUAAAAGCGCCUUGGUGCAGUUGUAUUGUAAAUUGUAAUGAUACAAAAUUCACAUUACACUAG